AUGUCGGCCUUCCCAGCGGGCUCCUUCAGGCGCAUGCCACCUGCUAUAGAUGCAGUGUCACAGCGACAGCCAGAGCAUCCAGCUAGCCAGUCACUUCCCGCAUCCCACCCAUACCAGCUUCCACCACCUCGCGCUUCAGCCUCCCUGCAGCUUGGAACAGAUCCAUUCCUACAUCAACGAAACCACGCAGAGGCUCGCGACCUUGAAGAGACAGCCCAAGGCCGCUCUAUGAUCCCGGGCCAGCAGCAGAUGGCUAAUGAACAGCUUCCGUCAGUCAGCCAGUUAUUGACGCCCACAGCCCAUUCGAGCCGCCCGUCGUCUCCCUACCAGCCGCACCGAUUUGGCAUUUAUACACCACCAAAUGGGAACACGGCGUCCCCUACCCCUUUUCGUCAGAGCGAUUCCAUACCACGUCCUGGACUACAUGAAAGCCCUCGGGCCUAUUCAGAGGCAGUCCCACACCCACACUCCAGGGGUCUUCCGCCACUGGCUCAUAUCUCCACACCGGGCCUAGCACAUGAGGGUCCGCUACAUCACCUUCACAGUGGAUCACCUGUGCUAUCCAGUCAACCUGCGUCCUAUCCCUACCAUGGGCUCAACUCUCCAGAGAAGGAGUACGCCAGAGACUUCUCGCCUUCCGAGACCCCCGAUUCUGCAACGACAACAGGUAGCCGAUCUCAGAAAGCAAGCGUGCGUCCUCAUGUGGUGGACGAGAGGUACGUGGAGGGGGAAGGCCUGUGCUACAUCUACGCAGACGGCUCGCAUUGCCCCAAAAUUAUCGAUGGGGUUGCAGUCAAUGCAAACUGGGGGAUCACGAAGGCUGGCAAGCCGAGGAAGCGACUCGCCCAAGCCUGCUUGACUUGCCGGGAAAAGAAGAUCAAAUGCCAACCCAAUCUUCCUAAGUGUGACCAAUGUCAGAAAUCUGGGAGGGAGUGCAGGUUCGAGAGCGCACCUCGCGGCCAUCGUGCGGCAUUGAAGGCAACCCAGCUUGCGAGCAGAUACGAACACCGAGAGAGCUUUCCUUCUGGAAGCUACGCCUACGGUACCACAUCCCACUCUCCGUACUCUGCAUUACGGGCGUCAGAAAGUUCAGCUUCACUUCCGAACACUAGUUCUCAAUCACCGAGAUCCGAAGUGUCGAUGUUGCCCCCUUCUGCCAUGGAAGGCCCCCAAGACAGUGUGAUGGAUCAAUACAGAUAUAGAAUGCAGGGCUAUAGCCGGUCAUCUGCUGGAGCUGAGGAUACUACGAGACGCCUGAAUGAUGAGCUUUCGUUCACGUCUCAUGACUACGCUGAUAUCGUGAUGGAAAUGAAGGACCUGGAUCCCCAAGAUCCGCUCGUAUCUGACUGGAAUACCGAUCCGUAUGAAGCGGAUGGGGAGCUCACCGUGCACUAUGUCGAGAGCUACUUUACCCAUGUGAAUGACCGCCUGUACUACAUGUUUCCCCGGAAGCGGUUUCUUCUGUGGCUGCGAUCGUGCCAUACGAAGUCCCUGGAAGACAAUAUGCUUCUAUACUCGAUGAUGACGCUCGGAUCGAUAUUUUCCGACCGGCCCGAUAGAGUGACGGCGCUCAAGAGGUACUCACGCACGGCCCGGUAUGCCGUGGAACAUAGCCGACAUUCCCUUUCGCUGCAACUCGCUCAAAGCCGCAUCAUCAUCGGACUUUGGUACUACGCCAUAGGUGCCCUGGUGAGAGGUUGGGACAUCAUCGGAGCGGCCGUUCGGACAGUGUGUGGGCUACGGUAUAAUGUGGAGUCGGGGGGUGUCAUCGUAGACCAGAGUCGGCCCUGCGAAUAUGGCUUGCAUCCACAGGCCCUGAUUGAGUGUCGUAGGCGGACUUUCUGGGUCGCCUUUCUUAUGGACCGCAUGUCUUGUUUUUACACUCCGUCAUCCACGUUCAUCUCGGCCCAAGCAGCAUAUCUAAGACUUCCUUGUCGCGAGGAGGUCUUCGAGGCGCAAGAGUAUACCACGGUGCCCUAUUUUCAAAGCUUCCUCAACCAAGUACCCGCGUCCCCUGAAAAUGAUACCGCGAGUUUGAGUGCGAUGGCACUACUGAUUGAAAUCAUGUCUCUUUGGGGAGAUGUAUCGGACCACGUCUCCCGCCUAUCCUUGAUACCGACCGAAGCAUAUAACAAGUUCUUCGAGGACUUUUACACGACGGUUGUCGGGCGCGCCGAUGAAUGGGCUGCUCGGCUUCCCGACCAUCUGACCUUCUCAGCCGUGAACAUGGAACGAAGCAUCCGAACGAAGAAAGCCGAUGCAUUCAUGUCAAUCCAUCUACUUUACCACGCAACCUUGAUGGCGCUGAAUAGACAUGCUCGGCACCAGAAUCUUCGCGCGGAGACCAUUGAGCGGCACAUCCGCACCAUGCGGAAUCAUGCCGUGGAGAUUCUUCGAAUCUCACUCGCUCUUAUGCGUUAUGCCGCAGAGUAUGAGCCGUCUCGCAUCAUCUUGGAGCCGGGGACGGUGAGAGGAACCAUUCUAAACCCAUUCCUCGGAUACGUGAUUGUGUCCGCCACGGAUGUUCUUAGUGCGGCGGGAUUGAUGGUCGAUAUGCCGGAGAGCGUAAACCUCAUCCGCGGUGGCUUCGAGGCCGUCCGAGAGCUGACCCGCUUUUGGAGCGGCGCUCUCCCGCUGGCGACGUUGAUCGAGAAGCGGCUGGAAGCUAUGAGCGAGGGCCUGCAUCAAGUCGAUUCCGGCCGGAAGGCCGCUUUUUUGAUCAAUGGGCCAUCCCUGGAUAGCCAGGUGCGCGCGGGCGUGCAGAAGCAGCAGGACUUGCCGACGAGCGAAGACCUCAUGUACGGCGGGCUGCCGCGCGAGCAGCUGUUCGGCGCACUGGGGGCGGGCGAUAUUCCCUUUGCGAAUGAGACGGUACUUUGGAUUAAAGAGAGAAGCUGA